CUCAGUCCGCAUCUCGGACACAUGAAGGCAUGAGGCAGACUUGUUCGUAGUGUCCGGCCAUUCAGCUAAUCCCGGACUUGUAAAUCCUGAGGGAUGACACCCCACUUACUCUCAGCAUCUUCCGAGAACUGAUGUGUGUAUUAUUAACAAGCGUGAACGAAUUCUUAUUUGCAGUUGUGUUAUUCGGUAGGCUACGUGUCUUUAACACUACACACAGUGCGGAAAGUAAGUGUGAACACUUAUCAAGUGUGGUUGUAAAUAUAGUGUUUACGAAGAGAAAAUAUUUGUGAUUUCAAUGCAAAUAUUAUUGCCGUUGCUGAUAUAACAUUCUUAUAAUGUGCUGUGAUUUAUCACAAUUUUGGAUUUUUCAAAAGGACUUUGAUCUUAGCGGCCGCAUGAAGUUUUAACUGUGGAGUUCAGAGAAGGAAGGAGUGAAAGGAAGAAACAAGCAGAGAAAAGUCCACUGUUUUCUUAUCGGCGAUUGAACGGGUGCAGAAAUUGAAGACAGCUUCAUACAUCGCACCAGUGAUCAGAUCGCAUAAGCAGAAGGAGCCUUGCUGUGGGAGCGCGAUGUGGGGCCGGGCGAUGCUGAUGGUGGUAGCCGUAGCAGUCGCCUCGUGCAGCGACGAGCAGCUGCACCUCGGCCGUGGCAUCAACCUCUUCAGUCGCUAUGGCUACCUGAGCAUCAGCAUGCGCGUCGUGCCACGGAACGACACGGACCUCGAGUGGAUCUUCAGGGAGCCCACUGUGGACAUCUUCAGGUCAGCCAUGAACACGUCACUGCAGACGCCCCUACAGGCCAGUACCGAAAUGACGAACUCCGCGAGUCCCGUGUUUCACGGAGACUUCCACAUGGAAUUUUGCGACAACCUGAGACAACUCCUGCAGGCCUAUUUCCGCGAUUUUACCUUCGAACGAUUGGACAAGCCGUGGCGAGCUUUUACGGCCAGUUGGAGUCGUGCAGCAGUAGCCCGGCAUCUGGGCAUCAGGUCGUCCUACGUCACCGGACAACACUGCUACGUACUGGUCAGAGUGUCCCGUCACAGGGAGUCGGCCAAACUCGGCACAGCAUCCAAGGAUCUGGAGCUAGACGAGGCCGUGGAACAAGAAGUGGAUAAUGUGCAGGUCGGCAAUGCAGCGAGCGUCAUAGAGUUCGUCCGAAACUUCGGAUCGGAUUCCAUCGCAUCCUACGCGACGGGGAACUCGCUGUAUCAGGUGUUUGUGUACAAUCCUCCCAUCUACAGAAGCAUCAAGGAUCGUCUGAGGACACAAGGCGUGUCAAAUCUGUCGAAUGUGGAACUGGCAAGUUUAUUCUCACCCUGGAGUGCAGAGCACAUCGGGGAGAUUCAAGCUGCAAGUGGGAACGCCACGGUAGAGGAGUGGGCAACGGAAAACCUCCGCAUACAUUUUUAUUUAUUUACAUACACGAGCUUGUUGAAAUUACAUCAAAAUGGAAACUUAUUGCGAAAACUGGACAGCUUAUUAGGAAACGAGGCAUUGCUGCAGUUAAACCUCAGGAUGCUCUCACCAGCAUUUAAAGACUCCAUCAAGCAGCAAUGGUUCCACGAGGUCAUAGACAACUACCUGAAGCUGUGGGAAGUGAACAUGUGAACUGAACGUCUUGACCUCAUGCCAAGUG